AUGACAGCUUCAUCAUCAGUAUUUAGUUGCCUAAAUCUUUUACUGAUCCAAUCAGCAGACUUUUCGAGAGAGAAUAUGGAUUCUACAAUUAAAUUGUUGGCAGAUUAUGGUGCAGCAAAAACUCUCAUAUACAAGCCAGGGGCUUCUUCCCGUGAGAUUGAUAAGCAAGAAUUUUUACGCAAAUUUCCUAUGGACAUACAUGCUAUAAUUGCAUGCAAUAUUGAUUUCUCUUUCUAUAGGUUAGCUGCGUUUGAUUUUAUGAUACCAGUUGUCACGCCAUCUUGGGUCCAUUCCUGUGUGAAAAAUGCCAGAUUAAUGAGAACCACAGGGUUUUCGCCAGAUAAGACGCAUUUCAUGAAGGACUGCUAUGUGUAUGUGUCUAGCCAGCAGUUUUCGGCUGCUGAAUAUGAGCUAUAUACCUCUAUGCUAACGUACAUGGGGGGCUGCUGCAUGGAUUAUCUCUCUACAAAGGUGACGCAUAUCAUUACGUCUGAUCCAAAAGACCAAGCAGUACUGGUGUUAAAGAGGUUCAAUAAAUUUGAAGUACUAACAGUGUCUUCUGCGUGGUUAGCGGAGUGUUUUGUUCGUCAGGAGUACGUCUCAGAGGCUGCCUAUUUGGUGGGCUCGGAGAUGAGCAACGAGGAAGUUACUGCUCUAGCAGAAAAAGAUUGGAAAAUGAACUCUGGAAUAUGGGAAUGGUCAUUCGAUAUCUUGAAGGGUCAUCAAUUUUAUUUAUCUAUGAAUUUGUUACUGAAAAGUCAGUGCUACAAUUUUAUAAUAAAACUUAUUGAAACCAUGGGCGGAAGGGUAGUUCGUUAUAUGGACCAUGCUGAGUUUAGCAUUGAAGAAGCAGACUGCUUCCUUGAUAUCACAACGUCAUCUGGUGAUUAUAAGUCUGCAAAGGAAAAGGGAUUAUACUGCGGCAAUCUGAAUUGGUUAUUUUAUAUGCUAUCUAUGAGGAAAUUUAUACGACCUGCCUCGAAGUUAUUAUUGUCUCCCGCUAAACCAAAGAUAUUUAAUAGGAAACAGCUUAUAUUGACUUUCACAAAUUAUAUUGGCCAGCAAAGAUAUUAUAUUCAGAGGCUGGUUGAAUCUUUAGGAGGAGUUAGUACGACAGAACUUUCGAAGAAAAACACACACCUUUUAUCUUUAUUCCCACAUGGUAAGAAACACAAUACUGCAUUGAAGUGGCAGGGAUGCACAGUUGUAAACCAUCUUUGGCUAGAAAAAUGCUAUAAACUGGGCGAGCAAGUGGGGCUUGACUCAGAGCAGUUUUCUCAAAUUCCGGUGAAAGGUGGCAUGGCAAAUAGUAUAGGUCAAUUAGCUCUAGAAGAAGAGCCAUCAAUUGUGUUAACUGAAACUGAACAAAUGGAAUCACAAGUGCCUUUAAGUUAUAAACUUGAAAAUAUUCCACUCAAGGACUUAAGUGUUAGUGGUGGGAAUAUAGCUGUAGAUGGCUUGAACGAAAAGCCACAAAGCAGUCCGCCUCCUCGAGCAAUGGAAGAUAAUUAUGACCGUUUGAACACUGUUGGUGACAAAGCACAAAAGUUACAAGAAGCAGAAGAUAUGUUUUCUGAAUUAGAAAAGGUAAUGUCAUCUGGUUCUUCAAAUCGGCGUAAGAACAGCAGAACAAUGACCAAGACAUCAACACAGACUGCUCCAGUAGUACAACAAACAUUGGGGAGAUCCGAAACCGCUGACACGACUCUUGAAGAGGUGCAUGAUAAAUGCUCAGUCCCUUUAACGCCAUCCAGUGGUCGCAAAGCAAAAGCAAAAGCAGCAGAAAAACUACACAGUGAUAUCGAGUCCCUAAAUGAGUUUCAAAAAAGCUCAAAACGGAAAACUGUUGCCAACUUACUUCCAGAAGAAGUAGCUGUUGUGAAGAAACAUAAAUCUCUUGAAAUUGAGGCCCAAAAAAUACUGGCUCAUGUAGAUAUUUCAAAAGGUUCCAAAGGUCGCCAAAAACUGCCUUACGAUAUUAAAGCAGUAUGCACAAGUUGUCACGAUGACAUUAGCGAACUGAAUCUCGAAAUAUUAAAGCAAAUUGGCAUUGUAAUACACCAAGAUAUUAAGCAAGACAGCAAUUGUAUUAUCGCUCCCAAGAAAGCUAGGACUGCCAAGUUUCUAAAAAGCUUCAGCUUUCGACCAUUAAAGUAUGCAUUGAUACCAAAGUUUAUCAACGAUGUUUUGUCCAUUGUUCACUCAGGCUCGGGCGCUUCUGUACUACUAUCUCUAGAAGAAUACCAUAUUCCUGAUAUGGAUUUGAAAGUGAUGCAGAAAACCAAGAUACAAGGCAAGUUGUUUGAAAGGGGUGGCCUAAAAUCAGUGAAUUUGUCUGACGACAUUCCGGGGGGGGCUGAACUAAUUUCAUCUAUCCUUAAAGCUCAUGGAAUGGUUACUGUAAAAAGCCUGCCCAAGAAAUUCCAGGUUGAAGAUAUUGUCAAGAACGAAAAUACUGAUAAUUCUCCUGAUUACGUUAUGAUUGCAACAAAGGCUUCUGUAGCCAAAAGAUUCGCCAAAUUAUGCAAAGCUACGGACAAAUGUGCCAAGAUAUUACUGAUCGAAUGGAAUUGGUGCGUCAAAGCCAUUUUUAAUCUAAACGUAGAUUAUGAAGAUCCAGAAUUUGUGAUUACCAGCAAAUAG